AUGGAGAGCUGGCUCACAAAAGUUGGGGCGGUUGGCUUGAGCGACCUGGAGCUUACUGAUUUUCCAGUUACCGGGCGCGGCGUGAAAACACUGCGGCGAUUCAAGCAAGGAGAGAUGAUCCUCACCAUUCCUUCUGAUGUUCUUUGGAGCGUCGAGCACGCAUAUAGCGAUCCCAAUCUUGGUCCUGCUCUUCGCUCUGUGAUGCCGCCGCUAUCCGUCGAAGACAUCUUGGCCACAUACAUCCUGUUUGUCCGGUCGCGCGAGUCAGGGUACGAUGGCCUUCGAACUCAUGUAUCAGCAUUGCCUGGUAUUUAUUCGUCAAGCAUCUUUUUUUCGGAGGGAGAGCUGGAAGUUUGCGCUGGGACAUCUUUGUACACCGUCACAAAACAACUUGAGCAACGGAUCAAAGACGACUACCGGCAGUUGGCCGUCCGACUGUUUGCACAGCAUCCGGACCUUUUCCCACUCCAGAAGUUCACCAUCGAAGAUGUACGUUUACUACGCCGAGCAACAGAUCCUUACAAAUGGGCUCUCUGUACCGUAUGGAGCCGUUCAAUGGACUUCACGCUCCCCGAUGGAAGUUCGAUCCGGCUUUUGGCGCCCUUUGCGGAUAUGCUGAACCACUCAUCGGAGGUCAAGCAAUGCCACGCCUACGACGUCAAGUCUGGAGAUUUAUCAGUCUUUGCAGGGAAAGAUUACGAAAUCGGAGAUCAGGUUUAUAUCUAUUAUGGGCCGAUUCCAAAUAACCGUCUCUUGCGUCUCUAUGGCUUCGUUAUUCCCGACAAUCCUAACGACAGCUACGAUCUGGUCCUAACGACACACCCCAUGGCGCCGUUUUAUGAGCAAAAGCAGAAGCUCUGGGUAUCGGCCGGGCUCGAUUCGACGACUACCGUCGCGCUCACGCUGACCGAUCCGCUGCCGAAGAACAUCCUUCGUUAUCUUCGUAUUCAGCGAGCGGACGUUUCGGGGCUUGCUGCCAUAACGCUUCAGCAGAUCGAUGGUACGGAUGAGAAGAUCAGCGAUUCAAAUGAAAUGGAAAUUUUGCGGUUCCUGGAAGAGUCGAUCAGUAGUCUUCUCAAUUGCUUUGCGACUCCAUUAGAAAGGCUAGAAAAGCAACUGGCAGAGGGCGUUUAUCCUGUUGGAGGCAACGCGUGGGCGGCGGCGCACGUUAGUGUGGGCGAGCAGCGGGUGUUGAGAUUAGCGAGAGCGAAAGCCAGGAAUCUGCUAGCCGCAGUGGAGAGCGGAAGUGGAAGCAGAUCCCCAUCCGCGCCAGCGAGAUGUGCAAACUGCGACAAGGGUUCCGUGCCCCUAAUGUUAUGUGGGAGGUGCAAGUCAGUCAUGUAUUGUGGACGGACAUGUCAAGUCGCCCACUUCAAACAACACAAGGCGGCAUGCCGAGGCACGGCUCAAUAG